CCCUCUCCGCCUGCUCGCUUGCAUUCAGCCUGGCUAUAGGGAGAGAUGUGCAGGGCUGGCGGGCUGCACUUCUGACAAUAGUGCAUCAGUCCUCGCAGGCAGCUCCAGAUUCGUUGGCGCCGGAGCCCGGCUCCAAUGGCAGCCCCUGGCUGAAGCAGAGCCUCAUAGCGCAGGGCUGGCAUGUGGGAAGGGCUUGCUUUUGUCUCUGCAGGAGGAUGUCGGACUGUGACACAAUGCUUGUUUGUUUGCAAUAGCUGAGACCGUCCUAAGAGGGCAAGAGGCAGGGGCAGAUCGGAGGAGGGAAGACCGGCAGCCAGCAGCGGCGGCAGGGGAAAUUGAGAGCCGUGACAUCGCACCUUUCCCUCUUGUGCCCAGAAGUGAGUGAGGGAAAGAGAGGCAGAAGAGAGGAGGAAGGAAGAGAAAGAUUGAGAGAGAGAGAAAGAGGACGAUGUGUCAGUCAAGCGCCCUGCAGGGACCAGAGCUGCACUCAGGGAAAUGGUGAGAUGCUGCAAAGCUUUAUCUAACCCUCCUCGUUCUUGCUGCAACCUCCACAAAGUUAGAAUUCAUGUCCGGAGGCUGAGCUCAGGGAAUGGUGGCAGCAGCGGCAGCUGUGCUGGGGAGCAGCACCCGCAGCUGGAAAAUCCGGGCCCAGGUGGGGGCACCCCAAAUAGGAGAGCCCGUUUCAGGUUGCAAUUUCCCCAGCUGGCCCUGAGGCGGAGGUUGGGCCAGCUGAGCUGUAUGUCUAGGCCCGCCCUGAAACUCCGUUCUUGGCCUCUGACUAUUCUCUAUUACCUUCUGCCUUUUGGUGCUCUUAAACCCUUGACCAGAGUGAGAUGGAGGCCUAUGAGCAGGGUUUCCCUGUACAAAUCUGUGCCAACGCGACUCCUUUCCCGAGCCUGGGGGCGCCUGAACAGUGUUGAGCUGCCCACCUGGCUCCGGAAGCCGGUCCUCAGCCUAUACAUCUGGACGUUUGGUGUCAACAUGAAGGAGGCUGCUGUGGAAGACCUUCACCACUACAGAAACCUUAGUGAGUUCUUCAGGCGGAAGCUAAAGCCCCAAGCCCGACCCGUCUGCGGCAUCCACAGUAUGAUCAGUCCAUCCGAUGGCAAGAUUCUCAGCUUUGGACAAGUGAAGAACUGUGAAGUGGAGCAAGUAAAAGGCAUCACUUACUCACUGGAGUCCUUCCUGGGUCCACGUGCUGAUAAAGAGAACUGUAAAAGCAAGCCAGCCUCCUCAUUCCAAAAGCAGCUGGUAACAAAGGACUGCAAUGAGCUCUAUCACUGUGUGAUUUACCUGGCGCCUGGAGACUACCACUGCUUCCACUCACCGACCGACUGGAAAGUGUCUCACCGGCGUCACUUCCCAGGCUCCCUGAUGUCUGUGAAUCCAGGGGUUGCUCGCUGGAUCAAAGAACUGUUCUGCCAUAAUGAACGCGUUGUACUCAGUGGCUACUGGAAGCAUGGUUUCUUCUCUCUGACUGCAGUAGGAGCCCAAAACGUGGGAUCAAUCCGCAUCUAUUUUGAUCAGGAUCUGCGCACCAAUAGCCCCAGCUACAGCAAAGGCUCAUACAACGACUUCAGCUUCGUAAACAACAACAAUCAUGAGGGCAUCCCCAUGAGGAAGGGAGAACAUUUAGGAGAGUUUAAUCUAGGCUCAACCAUCGUCCUGAUCUUUGAGGCACCGAAGGACUUUAAUUUUUAUCUGAAGCCUGGCCAGAAAAUCCGCUUUGGAGAGGCCUUAGGAUCUCUCUAGAGACUCCACUGCCAGGGGGCUUUUUAUAUGCAACAGGGACUCAAUUCGUAAAAGGAUAAGUUUCUCUAAGGUGGGAGUAUUGCUCAGCAGGACCUGAGUGAGGAAACUAAAGCCCCCUUGUUCUUAGAACGGGGGGUGCCGGCAGUGCAUUCCCACCAUGAGAGCUGCAGACAUAUCAGGGAUUGUGGCCUUUAGGAAUGUUGACCAGGGUGGCUUUUCUGCUUCUUCCCUGUGCCUGUAGAAAUAGGCAUUUCUCCCCAAGAUGCCAUUUUCAGCCUGCUUUGGCACCAAACGAUGAAGUCUUGGUUGAAAUGCUGCAGUCAGAGGGAGGAAGGAGAGCAGAGAUUCCUGCUUUCAAGGGAUACUGUCAGAUUGACCCAUGUUCCAUAUUUUCUAAUUAUGUCUCUCACCCAGCCGUAUUCUCAAUUUAUGUUUCACACCAGACUGAACAGUCCAAUGCCAAAACCAGGAGACUCAGCAGAGUGGAAUAUAGAAACAUUAAAGAGUUCAUCUGGGUGUGCCAUUGUUUUAGAAACCUCUUAUAAAUCUGGUACUAUCCCUUUAAAACAGAAGUCUGCACUGUAUUUUUAAACCUCAAACACUGUGUCCACAUUCCACAUUUGACUUGAUCUUGUUUUUGUUUUUAGGAAGCCUAUUUUAUUUGUAGCUCGAGCUCACUCUAACCUGGCCAUUCUGUAUUGCUAUUCUGGCCUUAAUCUUUUUUUUUGUUUGUAUGGGAAAUAUCUAGUCUCUUGUUAAGCUGGGGACGUGAAAAAAACCCAGAUUUAUUUUUUUUCUCUGCAAAGGCAGUGGGAAGUCUCUUGUUGUGGACAGCAGUGAAAGCCUCUUUCCUCUCCCUACGCAGCUACUGCCAACUUGCCAGAACCCGAGGACUGGGGGAAAAGAUCCUGUCAGCCCAGGUCUUCCUAAAAAGCAAGAGGAGUAGUCCUCCUCUUCUCAUGUGUGUUAACCAUUUCCCCCACUCUUUGCUGGACUUGCAAAAUACUUAAAAGCCAAAUUUGCCAAAGCCAGCUUGAGAGUUCUAUUCUGAACCUUCAUCCCACACACAUCUAAGUGGGGUUCAGUGGCAAAAUAUUAAGCACUGCUGCGUAGAUCAAUAAUAAGGGGAAUCUUAAAACUUACUAUGCCUUUUUUCCCCUGGGAGGGGAUUCAUAGAAAUUGGUGCCAAAGGGGGGGAGGGCAGUUGAAAAGGGAUUGGUUUAUUUAUGAUGUCUGUGUUUUGUUCUUGACCUCAAGAAACUAAGUUGUGAACAUGGCUGAGGCUCAGGAGUGUUGAGCUCAUUUUGGCUUUAAAACUGCAUCCCUCCCCUUAAAAGUCUCCUCCUUAUGCUUUCCUUGCUUUAGUCUUACCUUGUACACACACACACGAGAGAAGCUGCCCCUUUUAAUGAGCACAGCCAUAAGAAAAGAAGCCAAGGCACGUUUGAAGACGGUGACUGCUAGAAAAAGGAGCAAGUCUUCAUCUGAGGCGUGUGCCAUUUGAGGCAUGGAUGUUUCCAAUGAUAGUGGCUCCCGUCUCUGAUGCUGAUGCAGGGCAGAGAAGUGGCCUUGGUGAUGAUGGCUGGUCAUCCAUCCUUCCUAUCUUUGCACAGUGUGAAGGUGGGUUUUCUAACCAGCUAACUGGCCUGUUUAACCAUAGGAUAGAAUGAUGGGUCACAGCUCCUCUAUUAGUGCAUUAUCAAAAAAGGCAAAACUACCCAAAGGGGGUAAACUUUGCUCCAUCCAUUGCUCCUUCGAUUGCUUCCACUUGGCUGCUUUGCCAGUUCCUCUUUGAGCUUUAAUUUCUUGUUACUCUGCUUGCAGAGCGGCACUGAAGGUUCUGCUGCUUACUGAGGACACGGGAAUUCUGCUGGAUGAACUUCCCGGUCUAGGGGAGGAGAUUGUGGUGGGGGCCUGAGGCUGCUGAGAGCCAGAGGAGGUCACAUUGAUCCUAAGCAAAACGGGAGUGGGUUUCUUAGUGACGCUGUGAAUUUCUCCUGCACGGAGAAUCCAUUUAAUUUUUCAACUGUAUCAGUAGCACAGUAUUUUUGUAUGUCAAAAUGUACAACUUAAAAGACAUUAACUCAUUAAUUGCAAAGGUUUUAAAAUAAAAACGAAUGACUUAC